AUGGUUCACGCAGUUGAAUCAGCUAUGCCGUCGGCAACUAUCGCCUCUACGGGGACUCGCCUCCGCAAGGGUACCUUCCCAGAGAUCCCCGUCUCGUCCACCUCCCACCCCGAUAACCCGAUUCCCGAAGAACCACGCGGAGUGAGGUCACUAUCUGUGACAGACAUCAACUUCAAUGUCUCGUCCCAAGAAAGCUCCGAUACAAACAGCUCGAACUCCCCCGCCACCCCCGCCACCCCAAUCACACCUCCCGAAUCCCUGAGCGAGAAAGAGCUUGACGAGACCAAUGGCCGUCGCCGCCGAGCCUCGACUAUCUUGAUCUCCCAGAAUUUGGAGGACAUGAGAAGGGUCUUGGAGAAUGUCGGCACAGGUGGUACACAGAAGAUCCAGUCUUCAUGUUGUGGUGGCGGAUGCUGCCGAGGACAGAAAUUGCGGCCGGUAGAUGGUCCUAUCUCGGGUUUCAAUUCGAUCACCACUCCCGACAACAAGGCAUUUGCUAGCCUGGGGCUGACCUUGGAUCUCCUCACGCUGGAUAGUGACCUCUCCAACAUUGCCCCCCCUCCCGGAGAAAACUGUCCCCAUCCGCCUUAUGAUGUUUAUCGGGCUCCUCUUCACCAUGCUCGUGAAUUGACCAAGACUGGUGCGGAGAAGCGCACCUAUCACUUCGAUAUUGAUGUCACCGAUUACCCUGCUGAGAGCGGGAUGGUGGAUUUCGUCGUUGGCGGCGCAAUUGGCGUGUGCCCCAUGAACAAGCCCGAGGAAGUCGAAGAUAUCUUUGAUAAAUUAGGUGUGCCCAAGUCAUUGCGAGACAAGAGGGUCCUCAUGCGCACCACCAAGGGCCGCUGGCCCACCAUUUGGGGAGACGAUAAGCCCCGCGAGCUGGUUACCACACGACGCGAGGUCCUGACCUGGUGCUCAGAUAUUCAGAGCUACGCCCCGAGUAAGUCGCUGUUUAGACUCCUCGCAGAGUACACCAGCGAGGCGAAUGAGAAGAAGAUCCUGGAGUUCCUCUCGUCCGCCCAGGGCCAAGCCGCCUUCUGUGAACUUCGCACCAAUUCCCACAUCAGCCUGUCCCAGCUGCUCCACGCUUUCCCCUCGUCUCAGCCUCCUCUGGAUCACCUUCUCUCCGUGCUCAACACUCUCAUGCCCCGCUUCUAUUCUCUUUCCCAGGACCCUCAGAUCUCCUGCCAGUUUAAGGGUACUGAAUGCCGCCGACUCAUUGAAGUCGCCGUGACAGUCGCCGACUCUCAUGAUUGGAAGGGCGGUAUGCGCACCGGUGUCAGCUCUGGCUACCUUGAGCAGCUCGCUCGGCGCGCAAUUGCCGCCGAGGCAGCCGGAGAGAAGCAUGACAUCCACAUCCCCAUGUUCCGCGGUCUGAUGGCCAACCCUCUUGCCACACGAUUUGCCUCUGAUGGACCCAUGCUCCUGAUCGGCGCCGGUGUCGGCAUUGCUCCCUUCCGUGGGUUCGUUCAGCGUCGCCUGCAGUCUGCCAACUGUGCCAACAAGGUGUGGGUGCUUCAAGGCGUGCGCGACUCCCUACUAGAUGAGCUGUACAGCGGUGAAUGGGGUGUGCACGAGGACAAGGUUCGCACUGUUGUGCAGAGUCGUCGUGGGGAGAGCCGCUAUGUCCAGGAGGAGGUCCGCCAUCAGGCUGAUCUGGUUUGGUAUGUGAUCAACGCCCUUGAUGGUCGUGUCUUUGUUUGCGGUAGCGGCAAAGGCAUGGGUGAAGGCGUUGAGGCUGCUCUAGUCGAGGUAGCGAUGGCAAAGGGUAACUUGAACUCUCAAGAAGCUGAGCUGUUCUGGAAGCGCAAGAAGGAGGCUGGCCAGUACAUCGCUGAGACUUGGUAA